AGGCGUGCGGCCUGCAGGUGGCGGGGCCCCGCGCGCGCCGGCAGCCGUUUGGCCGGCCGCGGGGGGCGCCCGCCCGGGAGGAUGGGCCUGGAUGGGGACAUCCACCUACCGCAGCUUUCGCCGCCGUCGCAGGCCGGCCAGCGCCUUGGCCGGUCGCGGAGUUCGCCCUCGGUCGUGGCCGAUCCGGCCGCGAAGGGGAAGAACCGCGAGGCGUUCCUGGAGCGCCAGUGCCAGCACUCGAAGAUCAGCAUCAGGCAGAAGUAUUCGGAGAUCCAGAAGGAGAUCGUGCGGGCCAACCAGGCGGACUCCGACAUCGAGUUCUGGGGGGCCCAAGGAGUCCAUGGCUUCAAGGUCUACCUGACAAAGAAGUUCGGCUCGCUGCUGGCUGGGUGGCGCCAGCUGGACAAGGACGGGAACGGCCACCUGUCCUUUGGCGAGUUCUGCCAAGCCUGCCGGAGAAUGGGGUAUCAUGGCAACUUGAAGUUGUUGUGGAGCCAGAUGGACGCGAACGGGAGCCAAAGUGUCUCCCUCAUGGAGAUCGACCCCGAGGUGGGGCACGGUGGCGGACAUAGCCACCUUCAAACGCGCCCUGCUGAACGAGUAUGGCGACAUGCUCACCGCGUGGCGCAAGGGGAUCGACAUCAAUGGCAGCGGUCGCAUAGAGGAGUCAGAGGUCGUCGACGCCGUGAAGAGGCUGGGUUUGGAUUUAGACGGCAAGAAGCUGUACGGCAUGCUCAUCUGCGGUCCGAAGGGGCUGGGGCUGUCCCUGCAGCAGUUCGACCCCGACUCGUGGACGAGGUGGGUGACGGGAGACCUGCAAGGUCUAGCAAUUGGAAGGGCGAACAAGGAGUUUUUCGAGGACGCGGACACCGCGAUUGACAGCAAGGAGGUGGAGGAAAUGCAGUCGCAGGCCAGACAUGGCGGCGGGGUGGCGCAGUUCAGACAACAGAUGAAGCUUGCGGAGAAGGCAGCGCUCAAGGACGAAUACGACAAGAUCACGAAGAUGAAGGCGGGCCUCCACAACGUGAAGGGCUUCAAGCAGGCCCUCAUCAAGCGGUGCGGCUCCCUCUACGGCGCGUGGCGGGAGGCGCUGGACCUUGACGGCAACGGGCGCCUGACAUUCGGAGAGUUCUGUCAGGGUUUGCAGCGCCUCGGGAUGUUUGGCGAGAUUCGGGGGCUCUGGAAGCAGCUCGACGUGAAUGGCCACGGCUACAUUUCCUUCAAAGACCUCGACGCGGACACAGACGCCGCUCUGCAGGAGUUCCGGGAAAAGCUGGUGGAGAAGUACGGGAACAUGCUGAAAGCUUGGAUGAAGGGAGUCGAUGUUAAAGGGACUAAUUGUGUUAAUGAGGCUGCCUUUCUCAAAGCAUGUGAGACGGUGGGAUUCUCUGGCGACGCCAAGAAGCUCUUUCGGGUGCUGCAGCCAGAUGCGAGCCGGAAGUAUCUCACCUUGAAGGAUUUUGACACUCCAGCCUAUCAGGCUCUCAGCAGAGCAGAUUUCCGAAUGAUCAGCGAAGAAAAAGGGGAGAAAAAGAGUUUGGUUAACAUGUCGUUCGAUGAGAGGCAGGAGGCCGGAUUCUUCUACCAGAUCCGGAAGGCCUGGGACGCAGCGCACCGCGAUGAGUUCCAGAAGGCUUGCAGGUAUAACAACAAGGAGUUCCAAAUCGACACGUCCGAGGAGUUCGAGAGCCUGUGCCGGAGGAAAUUCGGCUCGAUGACCGCCGCUUGGCGGCAAUGCUUGGACACCGACAACAAUGGGAAGCUCACUUUUGGCGAGUUCUGCAACGCGUUGCGGCGGCUGGGAUACGUCGGCAACUUCAAGAAGCUGUGGAGCGAGUACGACAAGGACAAGAAGGGCGUCAUCCUCAUGUCCGACCUCGAUGCCGAGGCAGACUCACUGAUCAGGUCCUUCCUGGCCCUCCUGUCGGAGAAGUUCGGGGACCUGGACAGGGCCUGGCAGGAAGGCUUCCACAAGGACCCGCACGACAGCAUAGACAUCUCGAUGCUGAGGGAGGCGGCGGUUGCGAUGGGCUGGGAGGGCAACGUGGAGACGCUGUUCAAGAACCUUCAGCCCAUGCCGGGGCGGGUCCUGAUCAGCAUCUGGGACCUCGACCCGAACUGCUCGCGGAAGCGGCAGCGGGGCGAGGUCGCCCACAUCAGCCCGAAGGACCCCACGGAGGUGCGCCUCCACAAGAAGAAGUUCGGGGAGAAGGACAGCGGCCCCCAGGAGACCACGCUCCGGCAGGGCAUCCCGCUGAUCCAGCAGAUGCGGGCCGCUCUCAGGAAGACGUACGGGUCCACCGCCGCGGCGUGGUGCGGCGCCCUGGACCCCUCGCUCACGAACCAGGUCUCCUUCGGGAAGUUCUGCAUGGUGAUGCAAGAAUGCACCUUCGAGGGCAAGGUGAAGCUGCUGUGGGAGGAGCUCAUGGACUCCGUGCAUGCAAGGGGCUGCAUGGACCAGCAUGGUGCGUCGUACGUGGACUUGGAUCCCGACUGCGCCAAGUUGUUGGACAACUUCAGGGAGCAGAUGAUUAGCAAGUCGGGCAGCAUCAUGCACUGCUGGAAGGAGGCGCUGGCCCCGGGCGGGGGACCGCUGGACGAGGGGGACUUCUGCAGCGCCUGCCAGGAGGCGGGCAUGUCGGUGAAGAACCCGAAGAAGGUGUUCAAGCUACUCCUGGCGCGCAUAGGGCAGCGCUCCAUCAACGGACGCGACCUCCGCGUCCUUCUCGUCGGCGUGCCUCCUCAAGACCGCGCGGGGGUGUGGGGGGCAAAGCCUCAACAACAAUCGCAGGAGACUCAGCAGCAGGAGGCGCCUGAAGAGCCGGAGCAGCCACAGGGCGCUGACUAGGCUUCCGCCGCCAGGUAGCGCGCAGAGUAAUAGGAGGAGCGGGGGCAGAAACCUGUCGCACACCUUGUUUUGGAGGACGGAUAUAAUUCCGCAGCAGCAUGGGAACGAUGAUUUCCCGAAGCAGCGCUUGCACUUAGGAGUUCUUGCUUGCGUUUCAAAGGAAUUGGAUGGUGGUCCAGAGGAUUCGCCACGUUUCAGCUUGUUACUGCCCCGUUGCCGUCCGUUGACGCCUGUGGGGGUGCCCUGGAGAUUUGCCACGUUCAGGCCCGUUGCCACCCGUUGCCACGUUCCGGCCCCUGGAGAUUGGUCACAUGCGGGGG